CGGACCAAUGUGUCGCACUGAGUUCCGAUACUGAAAGAACUCGUCUGUCAUCCUCAAAACUGUGUUUGUAAUCACUUUUAUGAAGAUAUACCUGGUAAGGUAAUUUAAUAAUGUGUCACUUUUUAUCUUUUUAACGACGUUUGUUGCAACCUCGCGAUAUUUGGUGCAUCUCUGACUUGUAGGGAUGCCACUCGUUAAACGCGUGAAAAAGAAAACGCUUAAAUUGGACUGUGAAUGGGGCUCAUGUCAGGAGACGUUCAGUCGAAUUGAGAAGUUCUGCGAACACGCAGAAGCUCAUCUGACCGCUCCGAGCAUCGAUGAAGAUGCUGACGAGGAGAGGAACUGUCUGUGGAGAGACUGUGGCUUCUGCACCGUGGAGGGAUCCGGAGAGCUGCGGAGGCACGUCUUCUUUCACUGUUACCACACAAAGCUGAAGCAGAUGGGUCAGCAGGUCCUCGAUGCUCAGCCGGAAGUUGGCAAUUGCUCCAUCGCUCAGCACAACCGCAACAUCAUCCCCGAACUUCCAGACAACUUUGUCUGCCUCUGGGAGGAAUGUGAUCAACCGCCAUAUGAAAACCCAGAGUGGUUCUACCGUCACGUGGAGAUGCAUGGUCUGGCCAUAGAUAUCCCACAAGGGGAGUGCGAGUUCCCCAUACGCUGCAGAUGGAAAGAUUGUGAAGCCACUGCAAAAGGGCGUCCCAAGCUGCGAGAACACCUACGCAGCCACACACAGGAGAAGCUGGUGGCCUGCCCAGGCUGUGGAGGGAUGUACGCAAACAACACCAAAUUCUUUGACCACAUCAUACGACAGAGUGCCAUGGAAGGUCAGAGGUUCCAGUGUUCUCACUGUUUUAAACGGUUUGCAACAGAACGACUGCUGAGGGACCACAUGAGGACUCACGUGAGUCACUACAAGUGUCCCUUAUGCGAUAUGACCUGCCCAACGCCGUCGGCUCUCCGCAGCCACAUCAAGUUCCGCCACAGUAACGAGAAACCAUACAGCUGCGACUACUGUGAAUACAGCUGUAAGAACCUAAUCGACCUGCGCAAACACUUGGACACUCACAGCAGUGAUCCGGCGUUCCGUUGUGACUUUCCCGGCUGUAGUUUCGCCUCCCGUAAUCUUGGCACCAUGAAGAUCCACUACAAAAAAGAGCAUGAGGGGACUUUUACAGCUCGUUACAAAUGUCACGUGUGCGGCCAGUGCUUCACUAGAGGCAAUAGCCUCACUGUUCAUCUGCACAAGAAGCACCAGUUCAAAUGGCCUUCUGGACAUCCCAGGUUCAGGUACAAAGAGCACGAGGAUGGUUUCAUGCGACUGCAGCUGAUUCGCUAUGAGAGCGUGGAGCUGACGGAGCAGCUGAUGCGGGAAAGGCAAAAGCGGCAAACAGAGGAGGACACUGGCAGCGAGCACGCUGAAGAUCAGGAGCUGGAGGAAGAACCCAUGGCAGCUUCAGAGGUGCAGGUUGAAUUAAGAGGGGUGCUGCUGGAGGAGAAGAGGAAUGAGGAGCUGAACGUUGGUGCAGAAGAAGGUGUGCAGGAAGAGGGUGUGUUAUACGUCCUCUCAGAGGGAGAAAGCUCUGUUCUGCUGGAGCUCCAGGACACCACACAGCAGCAACAGAUGUAGGUGGACAAUCUUGAUGCAAACAGACGUUGGUAAAGCUGUACUGUAUAGAGAAUUUAUGGAAGAACACUUUUUGUAUUAUUUUGCUUACUAAUUUAGAGUAUAGUGGCAAGUGUUGUUAAACUCUUGUAUUCAGUGUGUGAGUUAUUUUCUUUUUUCUUUUUUUUGGAGAGAAACUACAGAAUAAAAAAUAAAAAAACAUA